GCCAUCCAUUACUUCAUUGUAUGAAGUGAAACCAUCCGGAGGCCCAUCAAAGGCCUGAAAUAUUAAAGUAUAUUGGAUAUAUAAAGUAUAAAAUACUUUUGAAUCACAAAAUAUAUCUAAAUGGCGCUUAAUCCACAAUACGAUGCAAUUGGAAAAGGUUUUGUGCAACAAUAUUAUACUUUAUUCGAUGAUCCGGCACAACGGCAAAACCUUGCUAAUAUGUACAACGUAGAAUCCUCAUUUAUGACGUUUGAAGGGGUUCAACUACAAGGUGCUGUUAAAAUCAUGGAAAAACUUAAUGCUUUAACAUUUCAAAAGAUUGGAAGAAUAAUAACAUCAGUUGAUUCACAACCUAUGUUUGAUGGUGGAGUUCUAAUUAAUGUUCUUGGAAGGUUGCAGUGUGAUGACGAUCCGCCACAUCCCUACAUGCAAACUUUCGUCUUAAAGCCACUCGGAGAUUCGUUCUUUGUUCAGCAUGAUAUAUUCCGUCUCGGAAUCCAUGAUAUUGCUUAAUUUAUUAAAUCAAUAUAAUAUACGAACAACCCCAGACUAUCACGCUAUAAUACAUCUUAUGUUGUUUAUCUAGGUAUAAGAUUUUAUUGCAUCUUGUAAAUUCAAAAAUUUUUUAUAUUUAACAUCAAAUUGGCAUGAUAUUGGCUUAGAUAAUUUUAAGAUAAAUGUAGUCGAUGAAAUGGCGUAAUUUCAGUUAAAUGUAUACAUUUUGUAAUAAAUACACUAUAAUUUUCUA